UUGAGUCUGGAUCUCAGUGUAUAGAGGCUAACGUGAUGUGCACACCUCCACAGACCCUCUCUCAAGCUGUCCGUCCAGGAUCUUACCCCUCAGUCCAUGAGGCCUUUGCUGGGAAAGCUUUCCUGAAGUGUACCCACAUCUGAAGAUCUGAUUCAUAAAAUCCCUUCUGAAAUCUAUACUUGUGCUCUGGAUUCUGCAGCCAUCUUAGCAGCUCUCUGUGUGGUGCAGCAUAUUUCCACUGGCAUGAUUCAAGGAUAGCAAUGGAUCCUGAAGGCUCUCGUGUCCAAGAUGACCCAGAUAUCAAGGUGAUGAUGGCAGGAUCGACUCUGAGAAAGGUUAAAUCCCGUUCAUGGAAGAAGCAGCGGCAUUUCCGCCUCCUGGAGGAUGGCAUGACUAUCUGGUACAAAUCCAGAUGGGCAGGGAAAGGUCACUCCACCUUCUCAGUGGCUGAGCUGGAGGCAGUGCGUGAGGGCCACCAGUCGGAAGUCCUGCUGAGCCUCGCCGAGGAGUUCCCCGCUGACCUCUGCUUCACCUUGGUGUUUCAUGGUCGCCAAGGCAACCUGGACCUUGUGGCGGAGUCCCCAGAGGAGGCCCAGGCUUGGAUCCAGGGAGUGUGCAAGUUAAUUCACAAGGCCCAAACGAUGGAUGAGAAGGAGAGGCUAGACCAAUGGGUCUGGGACUGGUUUCAGAAAGCUGACAAAAACAAAGAUGGGAAGAUGACUUUUAAAGAAGUGCGGAAACUGCUGAAGAUGAUGAACGUGGACAUGAAUGAAGAACAUGCCCUCCAUCUCUUUACGAUGGCCGAUAAAUCAGAGAGUGGCUCUUUGGAAAUCGAGCAGUUCGUCCACUUCUAUAAGAUACUGACUCAGAGGGAUGAAGUAUGGAAGGUGUUCCAGGAAUAUUCUGGAGAUGGGGAAAAGUUAAUGUUGGAGGAGCUGGAGAACUUCCUGAGGACGGAGCAGCAUGAAGGGGAUGAGAGUGCCCAGCACGCCCAGGAGCUGAUUGAUCUCUAUGAACCAUCUGAGACAGCCAAGAAACAAAACACCAUGUCACUAGAUGGCUUCCAGAUGUACCUGUGCUCCCAGGAGGGCUCCAUAUUUAAACCUGAGCAUCGGGGUCUCUUCCAGGACAUGAGCCAGCCGCUCAGCCACUACUUCAUCUCCACCUCACACAACACCUACCUCCUGGAGGACCAGCUCCGAGGACAGAGCAGCUUAGAGGCCUACAUCCAAGCUCUGAAAAGAGGCUGUCGCUGUGUAGAGGUGGACUCCUGGGACGGCAGCGAUGGAGAGCCCGUUGUGUAUCACGGUCACACUUUGACGUCUAAGAUUCUCUUUAGAGACAUCGUUUCAACACUCAAAGAAUAUGCCUUCAAGGCAUCAGACUUCCCAGUCAUCCUGUCUCUUGAGAAUCACUGUGGUGUAGAGCAGCAGACGGUCAUGGCUCAGCACCUCCGCCAAAUCCUGGGUGACACAUUACUGACCACCCUGCUGGACGGACAGAUCCCUGAACAGCUUCCUUCUCCACAGGAACUGAAGGGGAAAAUUUUGCUGAAGGCCAAGAAGAUCGGUCGUCUAGAAGACUGUCUCGAUGAAACCCUGACAGAUGAAGUUAGUGAUGAGGAAGAGAUGGCAAACGGUGAUGCGGAAAGCCCGUCUGCAGAAGACCCACCUGCUGGGAGUCUGAACGAGAAUGCAAAGAAAUCCAAAUUGUCACGGGAGCUGUCAGACUUGGUGGUUUACUGCAAGAGCGUGCACUUCCAUGGCUUUGAAUCUGCUGGUUUACAUGGCAAAUGCUACGAGAUGUCCUCGUUCUCUGAAUCCAAGGCCAAGAGGCUAGCAAAGGAAGCAGGGACCGAUUUUGUGCAGUACAACACAAGGCAGCUGAGCAGGAUUUACCCCAGUGGCCUCAGGACAGAUUCUUCCAACUACAACCCACAGGACAUGUGGAAUGUGGGCUGCCAAAUGGUGGCUCUGAACUUUCAGACUGCUGGUCUGGAAAUGGAUCUGAACGAUGGGCUGUUUAGGCAGAACAGCUGCUGUGGCUACGUCCUCAAACCUGACUUCAUGAGAGAGGGCAGCUCUCAGUUCAGUCCAGAGAAACCUGAGGAGCGGCAAGGCUACAGGCCACUGCGCUUAUCCAUACAGGUGAUCAGCGGGCAGCAGCUACCAAAGGUGAAUCAGAAGGAAGGCUCAAUUGUAGACCCGCUGGUCAGAGUGGAGAUCUAUGGAGUGCCACGGGACCAGGCCAAGGAUGAGACCAGUCACAUCAACAACAAUGGUUUUAACCCAGUGUGGAACGAAACUCUAAAUUUCGUCAUCCACACCCCUGAGCUGGCCCUGGUUCGCUUUGUUGUGGAGGAUCAUGACAAGGCUUCCAGGAAUGACUUCAUAGGACAGUUCACUCUUCCGUUUACCAGCAUCCAAGCAGGAUAUCGUCACAUACAUCUGCUCUCAAAAGAUGGAACAGCUAUCCCUCCCUCCUCCAUCUUUGUCAACAUCAGCAUUUCACAGCUCACAUGAAGAAGUCACAUCUGCAGGUAUGAAGCCAGAGGUGGUCACAUGUCCAGUGUCUCCACAAACCUGACAAGGAAUUUUAAUAUUUGAAUAUAGUACUUCAAUCUGAUUUUGAGCAUUUGCCAACCUAAAGUAGGGCUGAACAUUCAUACUGAACAUUUUCCACAGACUUAAAAGAGCAAUCAGCUGGUGAUAUUUCAGAAUUUAAUAAACUACUAAGAAACAGGGACUGUCAAAAAAAACGUCCAUGUAGUGUUUCAGCUGUUUGCCUGCAUUUAUUUCUAUUCUUAUGCCUGACAU